UCUCUGUUUCUUUGAGAGGUCAAGGUCUCAUUCUAUCCCUGUACUCGUAUUCAUCAGCGACUUGCCGUCAGAUCCAACUGACAGUGUGCAGUGCUAGCCAGAAGCUGUGCGCAUGCUACAGACCUGAGAAGAGAAAGCCAGAGAGGGGAGCGACAACAUGGCGACCACUCUCGAUUGUCUGAUGGACUACCUCUUUCCCGUACCCUUCCUUACCAUCAGUAUUUUCUAUUUCGCCCUCGCCUUCCUCAAACACCCACUCCUCCCGCUCACCAACUUCGAAUCCUUCAAGGAAAAGGCGUUCGCGGGUCUGUGGCUCCAAUUCGGCGCGGCCUUCGCUGAGCAAACCCCCCCUCAGAUAUCGACCCUCCUCGCGCAGAGCAAAGGCGUGAUUCUCGACGUCGGGCCCGGUUCGGGCGAACAGCUCCACCGCUUCAGUCAACCCCAAAACAUCACCGCCAUUUACGGCGUCGAGCCGGGCGUCACGUUGCACGACAAACUCCGUGAAUCGGCUGGAGAGGUCGGCCUGGGCGACAAGUACCAUGUCAUCUCGGCCACGGCAGAUCUGGACUCGAUCCUGCCGGGCCUUGUCAAGGCCGGUCUACUGAAAUCGAAUGAGGUGUCGGCACCCGAGGAUUUGCAAUUGUUCGACGAGAUUGUCUGCAUCCGCGUCUUGUGUGGCGUGCCCGAUCUACGGUCCAGUGUGGCCGAUCUAUACGGCCUACUCAAGCCCGGCGGACGGUUCGUCGUGUGCGAGCAUGUGAUGAACAGUAAAUCCACCGCGGCGAAUCUGGUGCAGAGGUUCUGGAUGCUGGUGGGAUGGAAGAGGUUGAUGGGCGGGUGCGAGCUCACGAGAGAUACGCUGCAGGCGAUGCUCGAGGUCGCGAAUGAGAAGGAUGGUGGGUUUGCAAAGGUCGAAAUAAAGCAGGUCGAUGAGCACAGUAUGAUCACCCACAUUGUGGGUGUUUUGACCAAGAAGUGAAAGCAAGAAAGAAAGUUGAUAUUGUGUACGGGUCACACGGAGUGGGCUAUCUGAUAUUCAUGCUGGUUUUGUGUGUGGUGUGUGUGUGUGUGUGUCCUCUCUCAUUCCCUCCAGUUAACUUAAAGUGCCGGCUGUGCAAGGCUUCUGCAUCCA